GCCCUUUUGAGCUGGGUAACAAGUUCCAAAGUCGCCCAACCAAAUCCCCCAAUCCAAUCCAAAACAAGGGUCCAUUUCUUCUUUAUCCAACUUUUCAUUGAAGCAUUGUGAUGAUCUGACUUUACAACUGGUGCAAUCAAACUCCAAAAAUCCGCGUUUGAUCUCAUCCAUCAUCACCCACAUGUAGUGAGGGAUUUACUUCACGGGCAGGGAAAGCAAAGAUUACACUACUACUUAUUUUAUAGAUCACCAUAUGCCAUAUGGGAUUUUGUUGUCUGAUUUUUUAACAUAAAUUUACACUUGGUCCGUACAGUAACCAUUCCCUCUUCCUGCAUUCUUUAAUUAAUUUAAAGUGAUCAUUAUGAUGAUGAUAUUGAUGAUUAACCAAAACCCAGACAAAAAGUAUUAUCCGAUUUGGUGUUUGGACUUAAAUGUCCCAAAACCUGCCCCCAAGUAGAGACAGAGAGAGAUGAGUCGUGUUCAGUACAUAUACCUGACCUCACGUCCUCUUCUUCUUCUUCCUCACUCCAUCUUUCAUUUUCACUUCUUCUUCUUUUGCUCCAAGUUGAAGCCUUUUUCCCGGUUCUGAUUUGGAGUUUGAAGAAUCAUCGCCACCAAUAAUGACGGAGCUGCGGAAGCAGGAGCAGCUGCUCUGCACCUCCUCCUCCUCCUUCUUCCUCCCUUGGACUAGUAGAAUCUUCAUAAUUGCUGCUGCAUUUUUUACGUUGGCUGAGAUCACCGCCGCCGGCAACGUCACCUACGAUUCCCGCUCCCUCAUUAUCAAUGGCCAACGCCGUCUCCUCAUCUCUGCUUCCAUUCAUUACCCCCGUAGCGUCCCCGCUAUGUGGCCAGGACUGGUUCAGCUCGCAAAGGAAGGAGGGGCCAAUACCAUUGAAACCUAUGUCUUUUGGAAUGGUCAUGAGCUUUCCCCUAAUAAUGUCUGUUUCCAAUUCCUUGUUCUGCUCUUUGCUGUGUUUUGAUGCAUCCAUCUUUGUGCUUAUUUUUCUGUCAAUAAUUCCAAUCCUGAAAUAUUAUCAGUAUUACUUUGGAGGAAGGUAUGAUCUGGUCAAGUUUUGCAAGAUUGUGCAAGAGGCUGGCUUGUUUUUGAUUCUCCGAAUUGGUCCCGUUGUUGCUGCAGAAUGGAACUAUGGAGGUGUUCCUGUUUGGUUGCAUUAUGUUCCAGGCACUGUUUUCAGGACUGACAAUGAACCUUUCAAGUAUUACAUGCAGAAAUUCAUGACCUACAUAGUGAAUUUGAUGAAGCAAGAAAAACUUUUUGCACCACAAGGAGGCCCUAUUAUCUUGGCACAGGUGGAAAAUGAGUAUGGAUACUAUGAGAGUGCUUAUGGAGAAGGAGGGAAAAGAUAUGCUACAUGGGCCGCUGCAAUGGCCGUUUCUCAAAAUACAGGCGUACCGUGGAUAAUGUGUCAGCAAUACCAUGUUCCAGAUAAUGUGAUUGAUACCUGUAAUGGGUUUUACUGCGACCAAUUUAAACCAAUUGCUCCAAAUGCUCCCAAAAUGUGGACUGAAAAUUGGCCUGGAUGGUUCAAAACUUUUGGGUCAAGAGAUCCUCAUAGGCCUGCCGAAGACGUUGCUUAUGCUGUUGCUCGUUUCUUCCAGAAAGGAGGAAGCUUACAAAACUAUUACAUGUACCAUGGUGGAACAAAUUUUGGCCGAACUGCUGGCGGGCCAUUCAUAACCACAAGUUAUGAUUACGAGGCACCUAUUGAUGAAUAUGGGCUUGCGAGAUUUCCAAAAUGGGGGCAUCUUAAAGAUCUUCACAGGGCUAUAAUGUUGUGUGAGAAUGUUAUGCUGAGAACUGAGCCAAAGCUGCUCCAAUUAGGUCCCUUACUGGAGGCUGAUGUCUACGAAGACACCUCGGGAGCUUGUGCUGCAUUUAUAGCCAACACGGAUGAUAAAAACGACAAAUCAGUAAUGUUUCGCAACGUAUCGUAUGACCUGCCUGCCUGGUCUGUUAGCAUUUUGCCAGACUGCAAGACUGUUGUCUUUAACACUGCAAAGGUUGGAUCUCAAACUUCCGUUGUUGAGAUGGUCCCAUCAAAUUUUACACUGUCAAUGGUAUCACCUAAUAAAGACUUUAAAGGUCUUACAUGGGAAGUAUUUCAAGAGAAAGCUAUGAUCUGGGGUGAACCUGAUUUUACCAGAACUGGCUUUGUUGAUCAAAUCAACACCACAAAAGAUACUACUGACUACCUUUGGUGCUCUACGAGCUUCUUUGUUGAUGCAAAUGAAGAAAUCCUGAAAACUGGAAGCAGAAGCAGUGCAAUGCUUUCUGUUGAAUCCAAGGGUCAUGCUCUGCAUGCUUUCGUCAAUCAGAAACUUCAAGCUACUGCAUCGGGAAAUGGCACACAUCCUCCAUUUAACUUUACAAGUCCGAUUGUUCUGAAGCCUGGAAAGAAUGAUAUUUCUAUAUUGGGCUUGACUGUUGGCCUGCAAAAUGCAGGAAUGUUUUAUGAGUGGAUUGGAGCGGGUCUAACCAGUGUGAAAAUUCUGGGACUUAAAAAUGGAACUCUAGACCUGUCAACGUAUACUUGGGCCUACAAGAUGGGAGUGCAGGGAGAACAACUGAAGAUUUACCAGCUAGAUGGAACAAACAGUGUGAAAUGGGGGUCUACGUCUGAACCUCCAGUACAACAGCCUCUAACAUGGUACAAGAUUGUAGUGGAUCCUCCUCCUGGAAAUGAACCUGUUGGGCUUGACAUGGUGCAUAUGGGGAAAGGUAUGGCUUGGUUGAAUGGGGAAGAAAUCGGUAGAUAUUGGCCAAGAAAAAGCUCUAAACACGAAGAGUGCGUUCUUCAUUGUGACUACAGAGGCAAAUUCAUGCCCGACAAGUGCAGCACUGGAUGCGGUGAACCAACACAACGAUGGUACCACAUCCCGAGGUCCUGGUUUAAGCCAUCAGGAAAUGUUUUAGUGUUUUUUGAAGAAAAAGGCGGAGAUCCUACUAAAAUUAGGUUCUCCAGGCGAAAAAUGAUGGCUGCCUGUGCUCAUAUUUCGGAAGAUCAUCCUUCAUAUGACCUCGAAAAUAUGCAGAAAACUGGGAACAGUAGUUCCAGCAGUGGAUCAAAGAUCGAAUUGGUGUGUCCUACGAACUCUCAGAUUUCUGCUGUGAAUUUUGCCAGCUUUGGGACACCUACAGGAACCUGCGGGUCAUUUGCCAAGGGUGAUUGUCAUGAUCCUAGUUCUGUUUCAUUUGUUGAAAAGGUAUGCUUGAACAAGAACAAGUGUGCUUUGGAAGUGAGCCAAGUGAGGAAUCUCAACCUGGGAUUGUGUCCUGACACCCCGAAAAGGCUUGCAGUUGAAGUAAUCUGUAGCUAGUGAUGACCGCUAACAAAUGGUUGCAUUGUUGUCUGAAUCCAUCACAAAGUCAGUUUGACACGGGAACUUGGUAAUUAUGUAGUUCUGAGGAAGGAAAUUCAUUCAGGCGCCGGCGGCGGCGCCAUUUGUUAGCAAGUGAUCACAGGAAACAAGGAAGGAAAAGGCAGAAACAACCCAUGUAGAAGAGAACAACCCAUGUAGGAGGCAUGUAGUAUUGCAGAGUUGGUAGAAAAAAAUGAAGGCCGCUGACAAGCAGGAUUACAACACUAUGUUUUUUUGGAAAUGUGUAAAGAAAAUAUAGAGCUGUUUUAAGAUCAUCCCCAAAGUAAAAGAAUUAAAUUUUGGAACCAAAAACCACAACAUCAGCCAAAAUGUGACUACCCUUGCCAGUUGCCCCAUGUUAUGUGAAAGAGGAAAUGAAUCCAUUCUCGGCAUAUUUUUGACAUUAGCUCCCACCAAUUUGUUAUUUAAAUGAAUUUAGAGUGAUGGUUGUUGCACGGAAAAUUUUCUAGGAAAAUAUACCGUGAAUGAAAGUUAAAACUUAUUUUUACAAAUUUAUCAAUUUAAGAGUAAGAAACUAAUUAAAACUCAUCU